AGAAAAAACCCACUAAGAGCGAGUUCUCUGAUUCUUCUCUAGUUGCGUAGAACUGUAGAAAAAAAAACCCUAAAACAGAGAAGGGUUUUGAUGGCGGCGAAUCGUGUGGCGAUGGAAGAAGAUAUUACUGAAUCUGUGACGUUAAUGGUGGAUUCUGUUGCUUCUUCUCCGAUGACUCCAAAGACGGUGGUGGUUAAGGAAGAUGAAACUCAUCAUCCUUACGCGUUUCAUGUUUCCGGUCCGAGAAAUGUUGCUUCUCCUAAUUGGAGAGAUCUCAUCAACUCCAGUUGGAAGGAUCCUAACUACAAGAGGACAGUAAUGGCAUGCUUUAUUCAAGCAGCUUACUUGCUUGAACUCGACAGACAGGAGAAUCGAAACGAGCAAAACGCUCUCGCACCAAAAUGGUGGAUUCCCUUCAAGUACAAGUUAUCGCAAACGCUGAUUGACGAGAGAGAUGGAUCAAUAUUUGGCGCUGUUCUUGAAUGGGACAGAGCAGCUGCAAUGGCAGAUUUGGUUGUCAUCAGACCAAGUGGGGCACCGAAAGCAGUACUGGCGCUGCGAGGAACGAUACUAAAGAGUCUUACAAUGAGACGUGACAUAGAAGAUGAUCUCCGGUUUUUAGCUUGGGAGAGCCUUAAAGGUUCUGUGAGGUUUAACGUCGCUCUCGAGGCGCUGCAAUCAGUAGCAACGAGAUAUGGGAGUAGUAAUGUCUGUGUAGUGGGUCAUUCAUUAGGAGCUGGCUUUGCUCUACAAGUUGGUAAAGCCUUGGCAAAAGAAGGGCUAUUUGUGGAUGCUCAUUUGUUCAACCCACCUUCUAUAUCUGUCGCUAUGAGCUUGAGAAACAUCGGUGAAAAAGCUGGUGUUGCUUGGAAAAGACUCAUGUCAAUGCUUCCUCCCAAAAACGAGCCUCUGAUACCGAAUAGUAACGAAGGACAGGUUUCUCCUGGCAAUGUUUCUUCAGGGUUCAGGAACUGGGUACCGAGUUUCUAUGGGUCGAAUCAGAAAUCUACGGUUGAUUUAAGAAAAUGGGUGCCUCAUUUAUAUGUGAACGAUAGCGACUAUAUCUGUUGCCACUACACUGACCAGGAUGGGGUAACAGAGAAGAGAGAAGUGAACAACAAAGAGAACAAUAGCCCUGUUGUAAACACUAAUUCUCAAGCAGCAGCAAAGCUUUUCGUGAUGUCGAAAGGGAAACAGAAGUUUCACGAGGCGCACGGGCUAGAACAAUGGUGGUCGGAUAAUCUAGAGCUUCAAUCAGCUAUUCACAGCAGCAGGUUGAUCAGUCAGCAACUCAAGUCAUUAUACAGCAUCAAGUAAACAUCUCAAGAUCCAUCUCCAUCGUUCAAUAAACACAUUUGCUCUUAUCUUUUUGUCUAAGAACAUUUUCUCAGGAAAUGUAACAACAUAAAUGUAAGAAAGAUCAGUCCAUAAAGAAAAAAUGAAGAUGGCUUUUUUAA